AUGAGUGACAACUCGGCUCCAUCAAAACCCGUCGCUGCCCGCCAUGGAGACGAUGAGCGCGCAUCAACUGGCGUUGACAGCAAGAUCUUCUCUGAAGACAAGAAAGACCACGCCGGUCCAUCCUCGGACUCGUCCGACGCCGAGGCAGCUGGCGAGGUGAAUGAAAAGGCUCUUCUGCGAAAGAUUGACUGGAAGUUGCUGCCGGCAGUUGGGAUCCUGUAUCUGCUGUCGUUUCUAGAUCGGUCGAACGUCGGCAAUGCUCGCAUCGAAGGCCUCCUCGACGAUCUUGGGAUGUCCGGUGAUCAAUACCUCACUGGACUGACCAUCUACUUUGUCGGUUAUGUCAUGUUCGAAAUACCCUGCAACAUCAUCUUGAAGCGCACAACACCACAGCUAUGGCUUCCCACCCUCACUGUAGCAUGGGCAAUCGUGGCCACACUGAUGGGCAUCGUCACGAAUCCCGCCGGGUUCCUCGCCGCGCGGUUCUUCCUUGGCGUGACCGAAUCCGGUCUCUUCCCUGGCGUCGUGUACUAUUUCUCAAUGUGGUACCAGCGGCGCGAGCGCCAAUACCGCAUCGCCCUGUUCUUCUCGGGCGCCGCCCUUGCCGGUGCCUUUGGCGGCAUCCUAGCCUGGGGCAUCGGGCACAUGCGCGGCAUAGUGUGGGCCAGCAGCUGGCGCUGGAUCUUCAUCCUCGAGGGCAUCGCCACCGCCGUCGUGGCCCUUGCCGCCUACUUCUUCAUCCAAAACUACCCGGACACGGCCACGUUCCUCUCGCUGGCCGAGAAGCGCACCAUCCACGCCCGGCUGGCGACCGACAGCGACGCCACGCUCGACGAGCGCUUCAACUGGGCCAACGUGACGGCGGCGCUACGCGACCCGGCCUGCUGGUUGUACGGGCUCGGCUUCCACACCGUCAGCCUGCCGCUGUACACGCUGUCGCUGUUCCUGCCCACCAUCAUCGCGAACCUGGGCUACACGUCGGCCGUGGCCCAGCUGCUGACCAUUCCGCCGUACGCCUUUGCCUUCGUCACCACGCUGACGGUCGCCUCGCUUUCGGAAAAGUAUCGCCGCCGCGCGCUGCCGAUCGCGGGGUCCGCCGCCCUCGCCAUCGUGGGCUACGUCGUCCUGCUGGCAAACACCAACCCGGUGGAGAGGCCGGGCGUGUCGUACCUCGGAACGUUCCUCGCCGCCGGCGGCAUCUACCCGGCCGUGGCCCUGGUUCUCUCCUGGCCGGCCAUCAACGUCUCCGGGCAGACCAAGCGGGCGGUGGCGAACGGGAUGCAGAUCAGCAUCGGGAACCUGGGCGCCGUGCUGGGGACGCAGCUUUACCGGUCCGGCGACGGGCCGAGGUUCAUCCUCGGUCACUCGUUUGCGCUGGGCUACCUGGCCGCCAACAUCGUUGUCGUCCUGACGCUGUGGAGAUUGCUGAGCCGGGAGAAUGCGCGGAGGGAGCGCAUUGCCGAGGAGGUCAAGGCCGUGGGUGCUUUGGAGGAUUGGCAGGGAGACACGGACCCGAGAUGGCGAUUCGAAGUGUAG